CGCCAGAGUUUGUUGGGACGCGCCGACAAGCCGUGUCUCCAGUGUCUGCUCCUCUGAGGAGAGGGGCGGUUGGUGUGGCCUCCAUUGUUCGGGUUUUAGGACGCCAUGAGGGGUGACCGAGGCCGUGGUCGCGGCGGGCGCUUUGGGUCCCGAGGAGGCCCAGGAGGAGGGUUCAGGCCCUUUGUGCCACAUAUUCCAUUUGAUUUCUAUCUGUGUGAAAUGGCCUUCCCCCGGGUCAAGCCAGCGCCUGAUGAAACUUCCUUCAGUGAGGCUUUGCUGAAGAGGAAUCAGGACCUUGCUCCUAAUUCUGCUGAACAGGCCUCUAUCCUUUCUCUGGUGACAAAAAUAAACAAUGUGAUUGAUAAUUUGAUUGUGGCUCCAGGGACAUUUGAAGUGCAAAUUGAAGAAGUCCGACAGGUGGGAUCAUAUAAAAAGGGAACAAUGACUACAGGACACAAUGUGGCUGACCUGGUGGUAAUCCUAAAGAUUCUGCCAACAUUGGAAGCUGUUGCUGCCCUAGGGAACAAAGUUGUGGAAAGCCUAAGAGCACAGGAUCCUUCUGAAGGUUUGAGUUUGUUGCUGAACAUGUAUUUAAUGGUCACAGGAACCAGGUGUAUAAUUACAAGUACACUUCUAACAAAGUUAGGUCAGCCCAGAAGGAAGAGUGAAUGUAGAGUUUUAUGUUGGGGAAGUUUUGGGCAGCAAUCUCUAGUGUUCAAAAUCCUGUUCAUCUUUACUUUUUUUUUUUUUUAA